AUUUAGAAUUGAUAAUACGGACCAUAUAAUUGACGUAAAUAAGGGAAACGUUAAAUUCGAAUAUGACCAAGUGAACAUCAUUUGUCCUGUAUACAUGCCGGGCACGUACGACGAAGAUGCAGAGAAGUAUAUAGUAUACAACGUAUCUAGGGAAGAAUAUGAAACCUGUAGGAUAACGAAUCCAAAUCCUAGGAUUAUCGCCGUCUGUGAUAAGCCCUACAAGUUAAUGUACUUCACCAUCACUUUCAGACCAUUUACUCCACAACCUGGAGGAUUGGAAUUUACUCCAGGAGAAGACUAUUAUUUUAUAUCAACAUCUUCAAAGGACGAUCUUCAUAGGCGAAUAGGCGGCCGAUGUUCAACGCACAAUAUGAAAAUCGUGUUUAAAGUUUGCUGCAAGCAAAAGGACACCGCACUAAUUAAUUCUACUACCAAAGCAUCAACAACGUCCACUACAGCGUUAAUCCCGCCUAUAUUCCCAGUUAUAGACUCAACAACAUCAUCAACAACUCACAUAAUCACCAAACAAGAAACUCAACCAACAAGGAAACCAACAAAGAAAAUUAAUGAGUACGACAAGCACCCCAACGAAGUGGUGAAGAAUGAAGAGCUGACGUACAACAGCGGAGUGUGGCUGUCCGCCGCGUCGCCCGCCUUCCUACUGCUGAUAGCGUGCGUGGCGUGUUGGAGGUGGCGGUGAGCAAGAAGAAGGGACGGUUGUCCCCAAACUAAUUUUCAUAACGUCGAUAUUUAUCUGUAAAUACUGUAAAUUAGUGUAUUUGUGUCAAACUAAUAAAGAAAUGUUGAGUGCGCCCUAAGGCUUUACGCGUGUGAAAGCGACAUUUUGUAAAUAUUUUAGUUAGAGAGACGUUUUUUCGUAUUUUUCAGUCUUUGUAAAGGCUGGUGUGAUAGAUAAGUAUUUUAAUAUACUCGAGAAAUUUUCUUAUAUCGUAGUGAGACGAAUUUACUACGAAAUACUUUUGUAGUCCUGAUGAAUGUGAUCUAAGAAAUUUUAAUACUAAGGAGUAUUGAAAAAGUGGCGUCCUAAAAGUACGCAGUUCCAUUACAUAACUUAAAUGUAGCUAUCAUAGGCAGAUAUUUAAAAUGAACAAUAGGUAUAAAUGUGUAUUGAUUGUAUCCACUUUAUUUUUUUGUGCAAAUGUCAUUACCUGGGUGUCCAUUCAAUACCAUAGAAUAUUUCCGUAAUAAAUUAUAAACCAAUCAAUGUUUAUAUACACCUUUAGUGAUAUUUGUUAUCAUUCAGACCUUGGGGCCAAAGAAUGCUUGAACUGUUCAUAUAACUUUGAGCAUUGUUCGUGUAGCCCAAAAUGUGCUUCAAAUAGAUAUCGUAUCAUGUUACAUAUUCUAAUUUACUUAGAUAAAUUGUAUCCAAAAGGCCAUAGCAAAACUGAAUGUAGUCUAUAUAGAUUGUGUACUUUGCUGUUCCUUUUUGUUUUAGUUACAAAUCUGCUACACUUGCCACUGUCAUUAAUUGUACUAUUUUAUAGAAAUAACUGUGAUGUGAAACUUAAUUUUUUUAAUCUGGUAUACUUAAUAAAUUACGCUAAGUUACAAGCGCAUAUUUUUUUAUUGUUCUAAUACACGUGUUAUGCUGUCAAUUUUAAUAGUAGCGAUUGACGUUUUAAACCUCUGUAAAAUCCAGCUGAUGCACUUGUAUCUAGAUUGUAAAGGCAAUUGACAGCAGACUGUUUUUACGUAUUUCCACCCACUAAAUUCGAUCUGUAUUUUUAACGCUUAUUAAUUCGUAAGUAAUAUUGCAAUGGAGAGAAACAGGUAUUUUAAAAGCAUUUCUUUUUUAUUACUGUAUCUAGGUGUGUCACAUUUUGUUAUUAGCCUCUGAAAAUAUGUUGUAUUUACUGCAGCUGUAUUUAUUUUAUAUUCGAUAUGUUUUGUAUGAUGUAUGUGUAAAAUUA